AUGCAUUCGCCGUCGCGUUCGGAAAACGGUGAAAAAGAGGACUCAGCAUCAUUUCACGGAUUUGAAGAAGCUGGUGCUGUUGCUGUUGCUAUGGAUCCUGUCACUGAAAAGGAAUAUCGUGUGGUGUGCCGUCAGCGCUCUCAAGUAAAGCAGAAAUUAGUGCGUAUUCAACGAACGCUCAUCACCAGUGCAGCAAUUGGUUUAGCACAAUUAAAUGUGCUAUCCAAAACGCUUUCUGCUGUAUACACGGAGUACAGUGGAUUCCAUAGCAAGGUGCUAUCGUUAGUAUCGGAUGAAGACCUGUUCCAGGAGGAAAAUGAAUAUGAUGCCUUCGAAGAUAUCUACAACAAUGUGAGCAACGCCGUGGAAGAGCUACUGCUGGAAGCAAAGAACCGUGCAGUACCAACAUCUGCACCUAACCCGUCAUCUCAACAAGUGAUUUUCCAGCAACAGGCCCUCAAGAUGCCAAUUCCAACGUUCAGUGGAAGCUAUGCCGAAUGGCCGAAGUUUAAGGCCAUUUUUACCGAUCUGAUGGCCAAUUCGGGUGAUACAGAUGCCAUAAAACUGUAUCAUCUAGACAAAGCGCUUAUCGGAAAUGCCGCCGGUGUACUAGAUGCCAAAAUCCUGAGUGAAGGGAACUACCAACAGGCCUGGAACGUCUUGAUGGACCGCUACGACAACAAACGAGCCAUAGUGGAGAGCCAUUUCCGAGGACUGCUGACAUUAAAAAAGAUGUCUUCCACCGCCAAUAAAGAACUUCGUGCCCUUGUUGAUGAAGCAGUCAACCACAUCGAAAGCCUGCGCUACCUCCAGCAGGAGAUCAAUGGAACGGCCGAGCAUUUCUUCGUUUUCUUGAUCGUGUCAGCUCUCGACAAGAGUGCGCGCCAGGCUUGGGAAGCAACACAGAAGAAGGGUGAGUUACCGAAUUACCAGCAGACCAUCGACUUCCUGAAAUCCAGAUGCCAAGUUCUGGAGAAUUGUGAAGCAGCAGGCCAGCCAGCCCCGUCGAAUCCAAAGCCCCAUCCACCACACAGAAGUGUACCACAAAGAAGCCAUGCUGCAUCGACCGGCCCAUCCCAACCACCAGUCUCCUGUGAAAUUUGUGGCGGUCCCCAUCGAAACGUCCAGUGUUCGGCCCUAUCCAGCCUAACCCCAGCCCAGAAGAACGAGAAGAUCCGAGCAGCUGGAGUCUGUUUCAACUGCCUGCGCAAAGGCCAUCGCUCCAAAGAUUGCCCUUCCGAUAAAACAUGCCACAAGUGUCAACGCCGACAUCACACGUUGCUCCAUGAGAAUGAAGAACCCAGCCGAGGUACGAAGCCCAACGUAUCACUUCCCACCGAGACGAUGGCGACCCCGCCACCGAUACCAGCUGCAACAACAUCGCAGAUGCCAGCACCAGUGAACCAACCGGUUUCAACAACGUGUUCCGCAAAUUUCGCCCAAUCCACCAAGACUGUACUGCUGUUGACUGCGGUGGUUCAGGUCUACGGCAGGAGAAAUCAACCACAUCCAUGCCGAGUGCUGUUGGAUAGCGGUUCCCAGGUCAACUUUAUCACGGAAGAGAUGGCCAACCGUCUUGGCAUUCCAAAGAAGCCAGCCAACAUCCCAAUUGUUGGCAUUAACGCCCUACGAACCCACGCUCAUGAUAAGGUGACCAUCAAGUUUCGAUCCCGUGUAUCAACGUUCCACGCCAGCCUGGAGUGUCUGGUAACUCCGAGAGUAACUGGGACAAUUCCAACUUCCAAGAUCGACAUCGCCCAUUGGAUGAUCCCAGAAGAACUGGUCCUUGCCGAUCCCAAGUUCCACAUUCCCGACAAAGUGGACUUGCUGAUUGGUGGGGAAUUAUUCUUCGACUUGCUGAAGCCAGGUCACCUCAGCCUAGCAGAUGGAUUACCACAGCUACGUGACACACAGCUUGGGUGGAUAAUAGCUGGCGUCAUCAUCGGACCACCACAUGCAUCCAACGUUUCUCCCAUGUACGUCCACGCAUCGGUUGCAGACAUCGAGCGGAACAUGCAACAGUUCUGGCAAAUCGAGGAAGUACCAGACGUCCCCAACCUGUCGACCGAAGAGAUAGUAUGCGAAGCCCACUUCCUAUCUACCUACCAGCGUGAUGAAUCUGGAAGAUUCAUGGUCCAGCUCCCGUUCAAUAGUGAUCUUCCCCUCCUGGACGACUGUCGUGCUCUGGCCCUAAAGCGUUUUCUGAUGUUGGAGAAACGACUCGUCCGCAAUCCAGAACUUCGAAUUCAGUAUGUGGAUUUUAUCCAGGAGUACGAGGCUCUCGGUCACUGCCGGGCAAUCAUGGAAUCUGAAGACCCGCCCAACCAGCAGAGCUACUACCUUCCUCACCAUGCCGUACUUCGACCUUCCAGCUCGAGCACGAAAUGCCGUGUCGUGUUCGACGCAAGUGCCAAAUCUUCGCCGUCGCAUCUUUCGCUGAACGAGGUACUCCACGUCGGUCCAGUAGUGCAAAACGAUCUACAUCACAUCAUGCUACGAUUCCGUAAAUUCAAGGUAGCAUUUACCGGAGACAUCUGUAAAAUGUACCGUCAAGUAGUCGAAGCCCCAUCGGAUCGUCGAUUCUUGCGCAUUUUCUGGCGAGAGCAGCCGUCGUUGCCUUUGCGUGUUUUGGAGUUGUGCACUGUCACCUACGGUACCGCAUCGGCCCCCUAUCAAGCAACCAGGUGCUUGGUACAGCUCGUCAAGGAAGAUGGCGAGAACUUUCCCAUCGCCGCUCGUAUAGUGAAGGAGGAGACCUACAUGGACGACGUACUGUCAGGAGCUGACUCGGUGGAAGAUGCUAUCGUGGCUAAACAGCAGUUAAAGGAACUCCUAAGUCGAGGAGGUUUUCCUAUACGAAAAUGGUGCUCUAACUCCCAACAGCUGAUGGAGAACAUUCCUAUCGAUGAACGUGAGACGAUGACUCCGGGGGAGCAAGGAGUGAACGAAACCAUAAAAGUGUUAGGCUUGCGUUGGGACCCAACCGCCGAUACGCUGAAGAUCGCCUAUCAUCCGAAUCCACCUGUGAAACAACCACCAACGAAACGUACGGUGUACUCCGAGAUCGCCAAAUUCUUCGACCCCCUUGGACUGGUUUCGCCGGUGAUCGUCUUGGCGAAACUCCUCGCGCAGAAGCUGUGGCAGCUUAAAAUCAACUGGGACGAUCCGGUGGAUGAAAAUAUUGCCAAGCAGUGGCAAAAUCUUCAACUUUCCCUAAUGUAUCUCCACGACAUCGAGAUCCCUCGGUGUGUUGUUUUGGACAAUGCAGUCGCCUACGAGUUGCAUGGUUUUUCGGAUGCCUCCACAGCGGCAUACGGAGCAUGCAUCUACCUACGGUCCCUUUUUGCUGAUGGUUCGGCAAAGCUUCGUCUUCUCACCAGUAAAUCCAAACUGGCGCCUUUGAGUGAGCUCACCAUUCCACGGAAAGAAUUGUGUGCCGCCCUCCUGUUGACCCGUUUACUGGCGAAGGUACUGCCAGCCCUGAAUAUGCCGGUUCAGGAAGUAGUGCUGUGGAGCGACAGUACGAUUGUCUUAGCCUGGCUAAAGAAACCCCUCAACCAGUUGCAGCUAUUCGUCCGAAAUCGAGUCGCUGUGAUCCAGCAGCACACAGACAAUUUCCGGUGGGAACAUGUACGAUCCCAUCAGAAUCCAGCCGAUGUCAUCUCCCGCGGACAGCUUCCAGAAGAUUUAGCUACCAACACUCUCCGGUGGCAUGGUCCGAGUUACCUUGAAGUGGUGUGCUACGAAGUGGUUAUUCCGGACGAGAUACCUGAGGAAGCGCUACCGGAACUGAAAGCUGCCGUCGCCAUCUCCGAUGUAAGAAUGGAUAUGCCUUUGUUCUUCUCCAAUUACAGCAAUUUCCGCAAGCUACAACGAAUUGUUGGGUACAUUCGUCGGUUUGCUAAUAAUUGCCGUAAGCAGAAUCCAACCGACCGAGAACUGAGACCCCAUCUGACCGUCCAUGAACUUCGCCGUGCAACAGAAUCCAUCAUCCACGUCAUACAACAUGCACACUUUGCUGACGAAAUCAAACGAGUCCUCGACAACGAACCCUGUAAGAGGUUAGGAAAUCUUCGUCCUAUUUACACCAAUGGUUUGCUCCGUGUUGGUGGCCGACUUGACCGAUCGCAACUACCAUUUGAAAGUCGCCAUCAAAUUAUCUUACCGGAUAAGGAUCCGGUGAUUCAUCGUUUCAUCCAGCAGAUGCACGUCGAACUUCUUCACGUAGGGCAAACAGGUUUGCUGAAUGCUCUUCGCCAAAGAAUGACCAGCCUGCUGAGUGAGGAGAAGACACUCACGAUCAAUCUCAAUUAUCACACGGAGUCAUCGACGGGAAAAUUCAUGCGAUCAAAGCCUGAAGUGUGA